AGGCUUUCACGGCUCCAAGUGACAAAGGCAGCCACCCAGCAGAGUCCCACAGCGCGGAAAGAUGGCGCGCGUUAGGGUGCUGGCCGUCGCUCUGGUCUUCUUGGCUCUGCCUGCAGCCUUCACAGGCGGCUUCGAGCGGCCGCGAGCAAAGACGCCGCGCGUGCCGUUGAAAGCAGAUGCCAUUGGGCAGGCAUUCCAGCUUCCACCGGAGAAGGUGGUUGAGGCCGUGAAGCGUGCUGGGCCGCGGGUCACUGCCGCGGACGUGGCGGCGAAGGGAGGGUUGAGCCUUCAGGAGGCCCGCAAGGGCGUGGUGGAGCUGGCAGCUGCGCUGGGCGAGGACGCGGAGCUCCAGGUCUCCAAGGAAGGUGAAAUCGUGUACCGCUUCCCCUCGAACGUGCAGGUCGCCCUAUCGAAGGCAUCCUCCGCAGCAGCAGUGCGCGAGGCUUGGAACGCAGCCAAGCCCACCGUGCUCACGGGGCUGCGCUGCAUGUUUGGGGUGGCGCUCUUCGCCUCCAUCGCGGUGAUCUACGCGGCCAUCAUCGCCAUCUCCACCUCCAGCUCCGACCGGGAUCGCGACGACCGGCGUCGGGGGGACUCCUUUGGCGGCGGUGGCUUUGACAUGAGCUUCGGUCCCAGGCUGUACUACGGGUCAUCGCCAUUCGAUGUCCUGUUCUACCGGCCGUACACCGCACCGUACCGCCACUGGGGAGAUGAGUACGAGCCGGAGCCCCCGGAGAUGGGCUUCCUGGAGUCGGUCUACAGUUUUGUCUUCGGCGACGGCGACCCAAACACUGGCCGCGAGGAGCAGCAGCUGGCCGCCGUGGCCGCUUGGGCGCGGCGGAACGAUGGCGUGCUGACGGCGGAGCAGCUGGCGCCGCUGCUUGACCCUCCUGAGUAUCCAUCUGGCAGCAGUUACAACGUUAACGAGAGUUGGGCGCUGCCUGCCCUCCAACGGCUGAACGGGCGGCCGGAAGUGGCCAAGAGUGGACAGAUCGUCUAUGUUUUCGACGACCUGCAGACGACGGCAGGCCAAUAUGAGCGACUUCGUCGAUCAAAUCCGCCAGCGAUUCUGGAGGAGCGAGAGAUCCCUUUCUCCUUGGCGGAUCAGGGGAGCCUCGUACUUGUGGGCCUGUUAGGUGCUGCUAACCUGAUCGGGGCAGCGUACUUGGGCGCCGAGUUCGCCAGCCUAGAUGCAGGCGUGAAGCUGAUAGGUUUCCUUGGCACAGUCAAGGCACUGUACCCUGCGCUGGUGGGCUACGCAGUGAGCUUUUUUGCCGUCCCUGCGCUGCGGUUCCUCAGCCUGAAGAAGCGAAAUAGCGACAUCGAUGAGCGGAACAAGCACCGGCGCCAGUGGCUGGACGUGCUGCGGUCUGGGGAAGUCGAUGGCAAGCUGGCCGAGGCGCGGAAAUACAAGCAGCAGAUGCGGGAAAUCUCCUCGGAGAACUCGGUGUACAGCACUGCGAAGGAGGCGGCGCCGCAGUCCGCGGACCAGGACCUGGAGGACUUCGACCGGCGCCUCCGGAGCUGAAGGCCCGAUACAGAAUGGAGCCAGAAGUGCUGCCAGCGAUGUAGGAAGUUGGAAGCUCCCUGCGUUGACUCCAAGCAUUUGGAGCGGAUUUCAGCGGGCCACCUCAUGAAUCUGAGAAGCCCCUGGACGCUACAGUGCCAAGCUCGUCUUCCACCAACACGAAGGGACAUUGAGACUUGGGCCGGUUGUAUCGCUCACGGCAAAUCGAACUUUUUCGUUCGGCCGGCUAGCAGGAGCUCAGUCUCGAUCCCGCUGAGCGACCCCCCCAUUGCCAUCGACCUAGCACAAUGGUGGGUAGUUUGGCGAAAAACAGGCUGCUCCUUGCACCCGCCACGAAAUGAACAGGAC